ACAGCCUCUGUGGCGCUCGGCUGGCUGCUUGGUUCGAGCCGCCGGGCUGACGCAAGCCCGCGUCGAUCCCGCAGCCGCCACCCUGUCCUUCCCCUGCCGUUUCGUCGGCCUCUGUCCUGUCCCUCAAGGCCGCCUUUGCCCAUCCAGCACCGCCGGUGAGAGACUUGCCCCCCACUCAAGCAAUCAACACUUACUCAGAUGCCGCCUGCCCCACCCCCGCGAAGCGUUGCAGCUCAGCCAGAGCCUCAGCUUAAGACUGCCUUGGAGCAUCUGCCCUCACUCUUGGAUGACUAUGCCUCCCUGAACCCUUCCGAGGAGUCGAUUGACGAGCUGUCCACCUCAGUCCACAAUACUAUCAACCUUAUCAAGUCCUUCGAAAUAACUCAUAGCGACCUGCUUGAACAGUCUGAUGUCGUUCUGCAGGACAAGGUUCCCAAGGCCCUCUCUGUUCUUUCCCAUGACUUUGCUACCCGAGCGCAGACGGCCCUGACCCGUGAGCUCGAGAAGCUUGGCAAUGUCUUGCUCGACGAACUCAAUCCUGCGCUCGUAAGCAAUGAAAGUACCGGCCCAGAGAACGUUCAGAGAUGCCGAGACGAGUUCAAGGGCAUCACAAACAAAUACGAGCUCGGUUCUGAGCUCGAGGGCGCCAUCCAGGAGUUUGUCCAAACCCGCCUUCUUGGGCUCUUGGGUGAUAUGUACGGUGCGAUGCUCAGCUCAGUCAGCACCGUCGCCGAGGAGGCGCUCGUCUCCGUUGUUCGUAACACCGAGGCCCAGUUGCGGGAGCAUAUCGAAGCAAGCCGGACAAAGCAAGCUCCCAGCCCACAGCCGAAGCCCUCGGCUCCUGCGCCUGCUGCUCUUCAGCGACAGCCAACUGCCGGGCCACCUCCGUCGGUUCCUGUGCGGCCCAAGUCGCCCCAGAAACCAGCCGCUGCCGCCACAUCUUCCGUCGACGACGAAACUGACUCUCAGCAAACUCGAACUCAAGACGGUGUGGAGCCAGCCAAGGUGCAGCCACCGGGCGAUCCCAAGUCCAGCUUGCUUUCCGAUCUUAACCGCAUGCUGGCGGUCGGUCCUCGCCCUGCCCCUCCUCCCCGACGACAUACCGAACGAGACCAGCCUGCGAUCCUCCCCGAUGAAACAGAACAAGUUCAGGAUCCGGCUGGAAAUCCAUCCCAGGAACCUAUCCAGGAUGCUGCCGAGCCUGUUUCCAGCGCCAUUGUCCAGCCCGCUGAUGUGACGCACGGACAGGACUCUGCCGGGCCCGACAAAGCUUCCCAGCUUGAAGUUAGCCCUUCACCUGCCGCUCAGCUGUCUCCGGCUCCAACGGCAGUCUCCGUCUCCCUGCCUUCUCCUUCACCGCAACCAACCUCUCAACCAGCCGCACAGCCGGCUGCCUCUUCAGUGGCCCCUGUCGGUGCUACUCUGCCCAAGCCUGUCGUGGCUGAGCAUGCUGUGGAUAAAGAUAAGGAGAAAAAGGGAUUUGCCAAGUUCCUGACCUCUUUCAACAAAGACAGACCAAAGAAGCCGACUAAAAAGCCCAGCGCAGCAAGCACGUCCUCCGAGACUCCAAAUGCCGCGGCCGAUUAUGGAGUCACAGCCCGCGAAGAACCUCUAGAUGCGGCCUCUGACGAUCACCAUCCGAAUCCUGCCCCUGCUGAGCCGGCAGGACCUGCAGUUGCGUCUCACGAUGACAAGUCCAUCGAUUCUCCCAUUCAAGCCGCUCCGCCAAGCCAAGCCUCCGCUCCGCCAGUGCCUCCUCCUCGCCGCAAGUCUGCAGGCGUAUCCUCGGUCCUCUCGGAUGACUUGCUUCGCAGCCACACGGGCGAGGCCAGCGGUCCUGCCGAUUCGCAUGAGCCGGAUAGCAACGAGCAGUCGCACGAUGGGGCACCCGAGUCUCAUAUCGACCAAGAGCAUGAUGCCAGUGCCGAGGAACAUCCCGUCGACGAAGCUCCACAAGUCAAGAAAGUUCAGCCGACAGCCGCCUUAGCGGCGUUGGCAAAUGCCAUGAAGAGUGGGCCCCUUGGCGGAAAAUCACACUUGGUUCAUCGCGCUCAUGUUGGACAAAGUGCCGAAGCUUCAGCUCCAUCGGAAACUCAGGUUUACGAGGACUCGGGCAGUAGCGAGACCCCCGCACCGGUGCCCCGCCCAAACAGACCCCUCCCUCCCUCCCGUCCUCAAAGCGUUCACUCGGUCAACUCGACUAACAUCGCCGAUCACCCCCCACCGAUCGAACCCUCGCCUGCCGCACGACUCUCGCGGAGCUACGACCAUGGCUUGGAUACUGAUUCGGCUGCGGCGCCGCCUCCCGUCUUGCCCCGAGCAAGUCGUCCAAGCUUGACAGAAAGGCCAAAAACCAUCGCUCAAGAAACAGCACUGCCGCCGAGACCAGUGCCUCCCCGACGGCCUCAUACCGUAUUCAACGCCGAGGCGGAAACGGCUCCUGAAAGCCCAGCAUCUCCUUUGCGCCCGUCAGAGGCACCAGAGUCGCCCUUGGCCCAUGAUGAAUCCGUAGCCACUAAGGACGAGACGAGCGAGGCGAUCCAAACAGAGGACCAUAACGAGGCAUCUGGUGAGGUGGACUCGGGCGUCGAACCCACCCCUGAGCCUGUUCCACUGCCAGCCAGGCCCAAGAAAAUCUUCGGUGCACAUGGUUCGAACAGCGCCAUCUCCUCUUUGGCGGCCGCCCUUAAGGCCGCUCCUCCUCGCCCGCCGAAGCCAGUCUUUGCCUCGGCUCCCUCCCCUGUUGAAGGAGAGUCGAAAGUUGAUGUCGAAUUGGCCAAGCCUCGAGUUCCACAGCCUAUCGAAGUCGACACAGCACAGAGCCAUGAUGAGCCUGCAGAACAUGAGGAAAUCAAGUACCGACCUCCCAAAGUAGUGGAGCAACUGUACACCCCAACGGGUCCUCCUUUGGUGAUCAAGAAGAAGGAAAACAGCUCGAGCGGCGAUGACAAAGCUAUUGAGAAGCAUGCCAUCGAUUGGCUCAACCACCAUCUCUCCAGCCAAAGCGUGCACAUUGAUGAUCUGUAUAGCUCGCUUGGUGAUGGCCUCAACUUGAUUCAUGCUCUCCAGGCUGCCACUGGCGAGAGCGUUGGUCGAUACAACAAGAUGGUCCGCAUUCCCACUCAAAAGAUUGACAACAUCGCGGUUGCCCUCAAAUUCCUGGGCGAUCGCCAUGUUCCGACCUCGUUCCUGACUCCCCAAGACCUCGUGUCGGGAGAUCGCGGCAAGAUCCUCACGCUCUUCAACUAUAUCUUGAAGAAGUACCCCCUCGAGCAAGCCUGAUUCCCAUGGCACCAUCACAGUUUGCUCGCUGCCGCAGCAAGUGGUCUUGGAAAGUUUGGAGAUGGGAUCAACCUGGCUUAGGAAGCAUCAGCACCUUGCCAAGAACCUGGGCCAAAUCGAGCGCAACUGCGUUCGGAUCGGUGAAAUUGAAUGAAUAUACGGCUC